AUGACCGGGACAGCGAAGCUGAAGCCGCUAGUGAUAGGCAAGUCUCGAAAUCCACGCGCAUUCAAGAACGUACGCAGCCUCCUGGUAGACUACAGAUGGAACCAGAAAGCCUGGAUGACUUCAGCGAUAUUCACCGAAUGGCUGCUGCAGCUAGAAAAGAAAAUGAAGGAACAGAAAAGGCACAUCGCUGUCAUCCUGGACAACUGUUCUGCACACUCCAAAGUUCCCAAGAUGACGUACGUCAAAGUGCUGCUUCUUCCACCGAACUGUACGUCGGUGCUUCAACCCCUCGACCAAGGCAUUAUUCGCUCGCUCAAGUCGCAUUACCGAAGACGGAUGCUAGAGGAAAUCCUCAUCAACAUCGAAGCAAAAGUUCCAAAACCAACGAACAUAGAUAUCCGCCAGGCCAUUGAAAUGUUGACUGGCGCAUGGCGGAGUGUGAUGCAAGAGGUUGUUGAAACUUGCUGGCGCAAAGCCUGGUUCAUCGAGUCGAGAGACGACGGAACCAUUUUCACCGCAGCUAACUGUUGUGACGAGCCUGAAUCCUUGCAGAGGGCAUGA